AUGAUGAACUCAACACAGGUUUCUUAUUUCACACUUGCUGCCUAUUUUGACACCAGGAUGUUUAAAUACUUAUGUUUCAUGUUUAUUUUGUCUUUGUAUAUGUUAAUUGUUUGUUCCAAUGUGUUGCUCAUUGUGGUGAUCUGUAUGAACAGAAGCUUACAUGAACCUAUGUACCUUUUUCUCUGCAGCCUGUUUGUAAAUGAACUGUUUGGUAGUUCAGGGUUGUUUCCAUUCCUUCUGGUUCAGAUCCUCUCUGACAUUCACACUGUUUCUGCUCCACUUUGUUUCCUGCAGAUUUUCUGUUUGUACACUUAUGCUUGUGUGGAAUUCUUCAACUUAGCCGUGAUGUCUUAUGACCGAUAUCUUGCCAUCUGUUAUCCUCUACAAUAUAACACUUGUAUGACCUUUACCAAGGUUACAGUGCUCCUUGCUGUUAUAUGGUCCUUUGGUUCUGUUUUAUGUUUGGUUCCAGUCAUAUUGAGUAGCUCUGUCCAGCUGUGUGGGAACGUAAUCAACAAAGUCUACUGUGACAACUACUUCAUUAUCAAGCUGGCCUGUUCUGACACGACAGCCAGCAACGUCUAUGGACUCAUUGCUACUUGUCUCACAAUUGCAUGUCCUGUAUCUCUAAUCCUUUACACGUACAUGAGGAUCCUGAGAGUUUGUUUCUCUGGUUCUAAACAGACCCGACAGAAAGCGGUCAGUACCUGCACACCUCACCUCGCCUCCCUGCUCAACUUCUCCUUUGGGUGUUUCUUUGAAAUAUUACAGAGCAGAUUUGAAAUGAACAAUGUACCUCAUAUUGUGCGCAUCUUUUUGUCGCUGUACUGGCUUACAUGUCAACCGCUCUUAAACCCUUUACGGUAUGGUCUGAAAAUGUCAAAUAUUCGUAUCCUAUGUAGAAAACAGAUUUUUCUUUGA